ACGGGGUCAGGACGGUUCCGUAACUCGGUGACCGCAUAUCAGCAGGCUCCGGAGUCACGGGCCCGGCUGCACUGUCUCCUUUUACCUCUCGCAGAGGUCCCUUUACCCGCCGAAGUCUUCCGCAGCGUGUCCACUCUUCCUGUCCAGUGUGCUGUCUGCCGCCGUCCCUGAGGACACCGGCGUACGGUCUUCCGCAGUCCCGGGCUCUCUGACCAGCCCGGGAUGAGCGCCCUGAGGAACGUGCUGGCCUCCGCUGUCAUGAUCGCGGUGCUGGGAGCGGGCUACGGGAUGUGGGCCAUCAUUUCCCCGGACGAGUCUCGCAGGAGAGAGAUGCUCAGGGACCUCCCUGAGGCUGACCCUCACAGGAUGGAUGAGUCCAGGAGAAGGACUGCUCUGGUCAUGCAGGCCCUGAAGGAGGCCUCAGAGACCAACGAGAACAUCGCCCGCUCCAGAUGAGCUCCAGUUUUGCCCCAGGACACCAGGGCAUGCAGGACUUCAUAUGUUACUGUAAUAUUUGUGACAUGAAUAACUUAAGUUGUAUUUAAGUCAUGUGUACAGUGGUGUAUGGACAUCAUGGACUUCUCAUUUACUGCCUUUAAAAUGUUGCAAAAUAUGGUGGCUCUUUGGCUCUCUGGCUCUUUGGCUCUCUGGCUCAUUGGCUUGCUGGUUCUUUGGCUCUCAGAUUUUUUGGUACAGUUUUUGAUCAGAUCUUAAGAUUAAUGAUCGUACGUGUUUUAUUAAAAUGAAAUGUCUUACCUGU